AUGGGGGAAACUUCCUCUUUCGUCCGCAUUGUAGCCCUUUUUACUCUUCUCGUCUGUGUGUCUGCUUCCAAGGAUGUGUUUGACGCGGUGUUGGGGCACACUGGGUCUUGUCGAAAGUCCUGUGAAAUGACGUACAGUUUGCACACUUAUCCACGGGAGAAUGAGCUCUACGCCUGUCAAAGAGGAUGUCGUCUGUUUGCCAUUUGUCAAUUUGUGCGAAACUCGGAUGACCUGAAUCAGACUAAAACCGAGUGUGAAUCAUCUUGUAACGAAGCCUACCGCCAGUCAGACGAGCAGUUUGCCUGUAACCUUGGCUGUCAAAACCAGAUUCCGUCCACAGUGCAGCGCCAAGAACAGCUGGAUGGGAUGGUGCCGCGGAUGCAUCUGCUCCACCCCCUGACUCUGGUGAGGGGCAUGUGGGAGGACAUGAUGAGCCAGGCCCACAGCUUCAUCUCCUCCUCCUGGACCUUCUACCUCCAGGCAGAAGACGGGAAAGUAGUAAUUUUCCAGUCUGAGCCACAGAUUCGAGUUUUCACCCAGAUAGAGAUGGAUAAUGACAUCAAAGAGGAGCCGCAGAACAACUUCAUGACCAGUCCAAUUUACAAAGAAUACCACCGCACUUUGAUCCAGGAACGGGACAGAGAGAUGAGUGAGCGCACUUACGAUGGAGACUACAAUAUCUUUGGUUGUUUGGCAAGAAACCCGUGGCUGCCAGGCUGGAUUCUGACCACAACCCUGGUCCUGUCUGUUCUGGUCCUGAUCUGGAUUUGCUGUGCCACCGUAGCAACUGCUGUAGACCAGUACGUCCCAGCGGAGAAACUCAGCCUUUAUGGAGACAACGAGUACCAUGAUGAGAAUAAACUAAUUCCUUACCCACAAUCCUCUCUGCUCAUCAUCACCUCCAAAGCAUCUGAAGAAGAGGCAGGACCACUGCCCUCCAAAGUGGAUCUGGGGAAGUCUGACAUCUAG